UGGAAAAAGAGGAAUGAAGUGAGUGUUGGACGAGCGAGGGAGGAAGAGAAUUGGAAGCAGACGAGAGAGCGAGAAAGAGGGACGGGCUCUGUCCUCAUGUCCCGUCCAGGCAGAUUUAGUGUCAGCGUUCGGUGUCACGGGAGCUGAAGAGGAGAACGCAGACUGGCUCCUGCUUCACUUUUCCUCUCAGACUUAAAACUUCCUUCCUUUAACAGACUGACCUCGAUGUGACUUCUCGCCCUCAGCUUGUGGAUGUUUCAUCAGUGUGAUUUCUCUCGCUGAGACACUGGACCUUAAAGGUCUCAGGCGUCUCUCCUUUGAGCUUGUCUUGCUGCUGACAGCUGAGUGAGUCGGCUGUUUCCAAAAGUGACUCUCAGUGUGGUGUCGCCCUCUGCGCUGUAUGAGUUUUACAAUUGAAGUUCUCUGCAGGACUCUUUGGUUGCUGGAUCUUGACUGAGCCGACAGACUGUGCUGGAGAAAACCGAGAAACACCAGAGCAGAAAGAUAAUGUGACUGAACACAGAGACGGGAAGGAAAAUCAGACACCGGAGAAACUAAACUGAGAGACAACGGACGACAGAUGCAGAGGAAGCAGGAGGAGGUGAAGUUUGGCGGAGCGGCCAUGUCUCUGCCCGUGGACCUGAGCUGCCUGCAGGGCGGCGGCGGGGGAGCGGAGCGUGAGGCGGCGCUGGCGACGCUGGAGAAGCAGCUGAUCUGCCCGAUCUGCCUGGAACUGUUCAACAAGCCGGUGGUGAUCCUGCCCUGCCAACACAACCUCUGCAGGAAGUGUGCCAACGAGCUGUACCAGCCGUCCCUGUUCCAGGCUCGGACCACCAUGCUGGUGAACAGCGGCCGUUUCCGCUGUCCGUCCUGCAGACACGAGGUGGUGCUGGACCGCCACGGUGUCUACGGCCUUCAACGAAACCUGCUGGUGGAGAACAUCAUCGACGUCUACAAACAGGAAGCCAGCAACAGUGCACCGAGCGCCCUCCCUCCUCCGCCUCCUCCUCAGCUGACGUGCUCAGACCAUGAGGGUGAGAAGGUGAACAUCUACUGUCUCACCUGUCAGGUUCCCACCUGCUCCCUCUGUAAAGUGUUCGGGGCUCAUCAGUCCUGUCAGGUGGCUCCUCUGACAGACAUCUACCAGCAGCAGAAGGACGAGCUGAGCGAAGGAGUCAGUUCUCUGGUGGCCGUUAACGAUAAAAUCCAGGCUCUGAUUGACGAGGUGGAGGAAACCUGCAGAACCAUAGAGGAAAACUCUAAGGCUCAGAAGCAGAGUGUGUGUGACAAGUUCAGCCGCAUGUUUUCCAUCCUGGAAGAAAGACACAAGGCAAUGACGCAGCGAAUCAGCUCUGAGGAGGAUGAGAAGACGAGCCAUGUCCAGGCGUUGGUUCGUUGCUAUGGAGACAGCGUGGAGGCCAACACCAAGCUGAUGGAGAGAGCGGAGAGCAGCAUGGAGGAGCCGGACAUGGCUGCUUUCGUCCAGAAUUCAAGAGAACUGAUCACAAAAGUCAUAGCAGCGACCAGCUCCUGUCCGACUGAGACACUGAAACCAGGUUACGAGAAUAUGAGCGACUACAGAUUUAACUUUAGAGGACAGGAGAGAGCUCUGAAGAGCAUCGACUUUAUUAAAGCUGUGGAGGAUGUUCCUGAGGAACCGGAGGAUGAACCAGAGCCUGAAGAACCCAACGAGCCCUCUGAGCCAAACUGCCACCAGGAAGCCUCCAUCCAGAACCUGGAAUCUGUUGUAGAACCAGUUAAAGAGACAAUCCCAGCACCAGUGGAACCAGUACAGACAGCAGCAGCAACGCCAGCCCUGAUUCCACCAGCCCCAGCACUGUUGAGAGACUCUGUGGAAGCUGCAGGCGCAGAUCUGCAGCCAGAGGUUGACGACGCAGACUCGAAUGACGAAGGAUCAGGUCCGAUUAAGAAUGAGGAGGAGGAGGAGAAAGCUGAGGCAGAGGGAUGUGCAGCUCCCGACUCUGUUAAAGGGGCAAACGUCUGUGAGCGCCAGGAGGGAAUGAGCACUCAACAGUGUGAGGGGGGAGGGGCAGAAAGCGAUGCAUGUGAUUGGACGGCGCAGAGAGAGACGGAGCAAAAACAAGAAGCUCAGGAUGAAGAGGAAGAAAUCCAGAUGAAGGAGGGGACGGAUGCUCUGUUUUACCCCAGCUGGUUCAAACCAGGCUGCCGGUGCAGGGUCAGUCCUGCUCCGUCUGCUCCUGAUCCACACCAGACUGAGAUCCAAGAGCAGGGCAUGUCUUACCCCAGCCAAGCUCCAGGUCCAGAACCUGCUCUCUUCUCCCACCUACAGCCACAACAGCUCCCGCCCUCCACUCAGCUUCAGGCUCAGCCAUGUUUUCCUCUCCUUCAACCUCCACACUGGUCAGAAAACCAGUCCCAGAAUCUGCCCCCUAUUCGUGAAUCCCAGUCUCAGCCCCAUAAGAUUCCUGUUGAACUGGGCGUUGGUUUAAUACCUGUUCCUGAAGCUCAGCUCGUGAAGCAGACAGCAAGAGAAACUGGGAUAACUGAAGAGGAAAAUGAGGAGGAGGAGGACAUGCAGGGCUGGGUGUGUCUGCCUGGGACUGUGGAUAAAAGUUUCAGCCUGGUGGGGGGUAGUUUUGAUCUUGGAGACAGUAGUUUAGAUAAUUUUUCCAAUGAUAAUAAUGAUGCUACAUUGCACAUACCACCAGAGGAGACCAGUACAGGGAGGUAUAAGGCCAACUUUAAGCUCAGUGAUAGAAGGGUAGAGGAUGCAGGAGAGAAAGAGAAGCUUGAAGAAGGUGUUUUAGGACCUAAUGGUGCUUCGGAGAUGGAAGAAGAAGGGCUGGGAGAGGGAACUGUUGAAGCUGAGGUGAUGGAUGCUGACACCCUGCAUGUCGGAGAUCACGGUGUGGAGAGCACGAAUAUCUUGACACAUGGAGACGGAGCUGCAGAGUUCGAGGCUGGUAGUUCGAUGUUUGCAGAAAAUAAAGAGGAGGGCGACGAGAACAGCGAGCAGCCUGAAGACUUUAAUCCCACAAUGGAAACAAGUGCUGCUGAAACUGAAGAGAGAAAAAGCUCCUGUGUCUCUCUCCAGAUGGAGACUGAGACCAGGAGUCCCGCUAAGACCAGUCCUCCCCUCUCCUCCUCCUCCUCCCCCUCCUCCCUCAGUGAGCCUCCUCGUCGACCCAGUUUCUGCUUCUCCUGGCUGAACCCCCUCCACAAGAAGAAGUAGUGGAAAGAGAGAAGCAUCUGGAGAUGAAGUCUGAUGAAGACGUGAAGAAAGACGCACUUCACUCCAGAGUCAGUUUCAUCAGCUCAGGUGGUCUGGGACUGAAGACAUACUUGGAUAAACCUCAGAAUCUCAGGCGCUCCAGAGUCUCCAGAGUUUUAUUAUCACUGUUUUGUGCUAAAUGUGGACAAAACAGGAGCGGAUCUGUUCUGGAUCUGAGUGUCUGAAGGACAGUGACACUGUCAAUGUUUUAUUUUGAAAAAUUAUUGAGAAUGAAUUGAUAGGUUUUUUGUUUUGUUUUUGUUUUGUGUUUUGAUGGAAGCUGUUGCCUUUCACACCAAAGCUCUUCACAAGCUUCAUGUUUCUGAAAACAGUAGAAGAAGGAUGUAUCUGGGAUAGUAUCAGUCACUAUCUGAGUAGUUAUAGUAGAACUUGUAAUAUCAGUCAUAGUAAAAUAUGUUUUUGUAAAAGAAGCAGCACUAGUGUUAGUUACAGUGGUAAAAGAAGUACAAGUACAAAUUAUAGUACUAAUAGUAGUAGUAGUAGUAGUGAUGGUUUUACGUUUACAGUUUUAGUUUGUUUCUUUAGGUGUGGAGCGAGAUGUGAACAGAAAUUAAUGCUGUGAUAUUUGUUUUAGUGUUUUAUUUGAACAAAAUCUAAUAAUUCUGAAAACAUUUUAGCUCCACUGUGACAGACUAAACUCAGAGAGAGGCAUUACAACCUGUUCAGGUUUUAAUUGGUGUUCUGUGGCCGUAGUCAUGGUUCUGUUUUAGAAAUAAAUAGGGAUAACAGUGGUACUUAAUGGAAAAGAAAAUCAGCAGCAGAGUCGCGGUAACAGUAGAUGGAGUAAAGGAUGAAUUAGAGGAGAAGUGGCGGUAGCAAAGAGGUAACUGUGUUUUUCUUAUUAGAGAGUUUUCGGACACUGCUAGAACCAGUUAAGACCCAGGUGUCCAGUUGGAACCAGUUUCAACUGGUGAUGUGAUUCAAUGUGGUUUGGUUUGGUGCUGACAAAAUGUUAUCCUUCUUUUUUUAUUUGGGAAAAAAAACAGCACCUACUGCUGUGUGUGUGAAUUAAAGGGUUAAAAAAAUGUUAAAGCACUUUUCCCUGCAGGACACAGAAACUGGUUUUGUUUGAUAUAUUAUAGAUUUAAUAAAUCUGAUUU